AUGCUCGGCCAAACGGCUUUGUUAGGCCUUGCAAUCGGAUAUGCUCAAGCAGUGAGCCAUACUGUGCCAUCCUCACUGCCACCAAAUGCGUCUCUCAAGCUGACCAAGGCUCCGAUUGGAGUGUCAACAAUGCUUGGAAAACUUUCAACAUUUGACCGGGACAUGGCCGCCGUUGCGAAUCGGAGGAACGACUCAGACGUAGACUGCUACGUCGCUGAUCCUAAGGACGCACCUGUCUCGGUCAGAUACGGUCCAUCAUUCAUUACCUUCGCCGACAAAUACAAGGGCAGCGUGAUCUUUGGUCUAAAUCGACGCCUGAACCAGCUCGAAAACACCAUCUCGGCAGCCAAAAAUGCAGUCGCCAACAUCAGCAACCUAAUAGCCAUUCAACUCGCAAACGAAGCAAACCUCUUCAACUCCACCGACCCAAUCAACACCAACGGCGGAAAGUGGACCGCAUCAGACGACAUCUCCUCCCAAACCUCGUGGCAAUCCUCCGUCGGCACCGCACUCAGCAAAACCUCAAUCUUCUCGGCAGGUGUCUACUUCUCAGGGAAAGUUUAUUGUCGCUGCUAGUGAGGCUUUAUUGGUAUAUCUUGGAAAGCAGCCGAUUGUUCGUGCGUUUUCCACAUCUAUCAUACGCCAACCAGCAAGGUCUCUUUAAUAUAUUUCCGAACAGACUUUCGAAUGGUGUCGGUACCUGCACCGUCGAAAUGGACCAAUCCGUGGAGAGAAAUGGCCAGCCGGAUGCUUAUGGUCGUCAGCACUAUAUUUGCUGGCCAGGACCACGACCAUGCUGCGUUUCGGAAUGUUCUGAUUGCCUUUCGUCUUGCGGUGCUAAUCAGAAGUGAGUUGUUCUCGAAAGGGUUUCUCGUCUCGUCGCGCACCAAAGUUUCCAGAAGCUUUCCGGCGCGGUUCAAGCAUCUCGAUCAAUGAAUCAAGCUGGGGUUGCCGCAUCGGAUGGCGGAGAGACACAGGUCAGGUGUUGAAGUCGCGCGGUAGCUUUUGUCGCCAUUGCGAAUAAUGGCCUGCUGCCGGCGUGUCCGACGUCGAAUGUAACUUGUGUAAGCUGGCACGGUUGGGGUGAUUGUUCUGGUGUGGCAGAGAGGGCACGCACGUUUCAGGGGCGCGGCGAGAUCGACGAGCACGUGUGGAAGCGUGUCUGCUGCCGCGCAUGUGCUUACGAUACUCAGGCAGAAGGGGGUGGGAGCGGUGGUUGUGACGGCGAGGUGUGUCGAAUAGUGCUACUCAUACAGCUCGUGCAAACACCGUCCAACAAGUCAUGUGCACGCG